AAAGCGGAACUGCCUAGUGGAAACGCGCUGGCGUCCAACCCCCCAGCCGAAGGGGCGGCUGCUGGGCCCCCCGACCAGCCCUCAGAGCCAGCAGCCAUGGCCUCGGCAGGGCCGCGGGGGCCGCCAUGCGAGGGUAUCAAGUUGUCAGCAGAUGUUAAGCCAUUUGUCCCCAAAUUUGCUGGACAUAAUGCGACGUGGCCAGAGUCUUCAGAAGUUCGGGGGUUCCAUAGCAGUGCGACUACUUGCUACCCAUGUGUUCAGGAACUACCGGUGCCUGAGCAGAAGCUUUAUACUGAAGAUGUGGCCUUUGGAGCUUCAGCUUUCCCAACUCAGUACUUAUCUUCUGAGACCACGCUUCAUCCCUACGCCUAUUCUCCCUACACCCUCGAGUCUACACAGAAUAUCUGCCCAGUGCCCGGCCCUCACUAUGACUUUAACCAACCCAAUUGUUACCGGGGCUUUCAGAUGAUGAAGCCACAGCGUGAUCACAUGUGUCCUCUCCCCCAAAACUCAAGAGCUCUCUUUAAGAAAAAAACGUACGACGAGCAAAAGUUUGACAGUAAGAAGACUGAUGGUGCCUUAUCAUCUGAUAAAUCAGUGAAAGGUUCCCAUACUAUGUCCACUCAUGCUGAAAAUACUUUGAAAUCAGAUGGUUAUCAUAAAAGAACAGACAGGAAGUCCAGAACCAGUGAAAAAACCGGAUCUGCCUCCAAACCUGAAUUUGAAUUUAGCAGCUUGGAUUUUCCUGAACUGCAGGGUACAGAGAACAGUGAGAGAACAGAGAUUCAGAAGAAGCCCAAGUGGGGACCUUUACGUUCUGCUGCGCCAGCUGACAUUUCUCUGCUGAGGGAAGCAGGGAAAACUGCUACUGCGUUACCAGAGGGUGAAGUGGUGGCGAAAAAAACUAACCUGACCGAGCCUAUAGCUGAUAAUGCUGCUGCCGACCCCUCUCCCUGUACAAGAGAGUUAUCUUGGACACCAAUGGGUUAUGUUGUUCGGCAGACAUUAUCUACAGAACCCUCACCAGCCCCUAAAAAUGUUACUUCAAUGAUAAACCUAAAGACGGUUGCUUCAUCAACAGAUCCUAAAAAUGUUAGUAUGUCAUCUUCUGAAGUUUUAUCUUUGGAUCCUUCCUGCAAAGAGAAAUUCAUUGCCCAUCCUUCUAAAAAGCCCAGAGCACCACAAAAUGGCAAUCCUGAGCAAAAUGAAGCCUCAAGAAAGAAUAAGAAAAAGAAAGAAAAGUUGAAAUCAAACUACGAAGUCGCGACAGUUCAAGAGCCACCGAGGAUUGAAGAUACUGAGGAAUUCCCCAACCUGGCAGUUGCAUCUGAAAGAAGAGAGAGAGUAGAAUCACCGAAAUUUCAGUCUAAACAGCAGCCACAGAAAAAUUUUAAAAGCAACACAAAGAAAAGCCAACUUCCAGUCCAGUUGGAUUUAGGGGGGAUGCUAACAGCCCUGGAGAAGAAGCAGCACUCCCAGAAUGCAAAGCAGUCCUCUAAACUAGUGGUAUUCUCAGUUGGGGCAGUGCCAGUCCUCACCAAAGAGGCCACAUCUGGAAAAAAGGGCCACCAGCUCAGCCAGGCGAAGACUCCACAUAACCCCUUGGACUCCAGUGCCCCUCUGAUAAAAAAAGGGAAGCAGAGAGAGGUCCCCAAAGCCAAGAAACCAACGUCGCUGAAAAAGAUUAUUUUAAAAGAACGGCAGGAGAGAAAGCAGCAGCGCCUCCAAGAAAAUACUGCAAGCCCAGCUUCUGCCAGUGACGAAGUACAAGAUGCAGAGAGUGGUGGUGAAGACCAGUCUCUGGAGCAGGCCGACCCUUCAGCAGCAGGGGUGGAACAGCCAGCGUCUACUGCUCCUGCCGUGGAGAACAAGUCUGAGGAACAGCCGGGAGCUGAGAUCAAGAAGGAGGCAGAGACCUGCUGCCCAGACCCUGACAGCACCUGCCCCCCCAAGAUCCACAGCCGGAGAUUCAGGGAUUACUGCAGCCAGAUGCUUAGUAAAGAAGUAGAUGCCUGUGUUACUGAUCUGCUCAAAGAGCUGGUCCGUUUCCAGGACCGAAUGUACCAGAAAGAUCCUGUCAAGGCGAAGACAAAACGCCGACUUGUCUUGGGGCUGAGGGAAGUCCUCAAACAUCUGAAACUGAAAAAGUUGAAAUGCAUUAUCAUUUCUCCCAACUGUGAGAAGAUACAGUCGAAAGGUGGGCUGGAUGAGACUCUGCACACCAUCAUUGACUGUGCCUGUGAGCAGAACAUUCCCUUUGUGUUUGCGCUCAAUCGCAAAGCUCUGGGGCGCAGUCUGAACAAAGGUGUGCCUGUCAGCGUGGUGGGGAUCUUCAGCUACGAUGGGGCGCAGGAUCAGUUUCACAAAAUGGUGGAGUUGACGAUGGCAGCCCGUCAGGCUUACAAGGCCUUGCUGGAGAACAUGCGCCAAGAACUGGCAGAAGAGUCUGGGUCCCCGGCCCCUUCCAGCCCCCCCGUGCAGAGCCCCAGCCCUGAGGAUCCUGGCCCUCCAGCACCUGCUGAGAAGGAAGAGCCACACUACAUUGAAAUCUGGAGGAAACAUCUGGAAGCAUACAAUCAGUGUACCUUGGGACUCGAAGACUCACUGGAGGCUUCAACCUCUCAGAUGAUGGACUUGAAUUUAUAAGAUCUCUUUUCAUGUGUUUCUGUACUUCGGGUAAGGAUGGGGAGGUUUAUAAAAUUGGGGAGCCUAUUCUUCUUAGUUCUUCACUGACCUAACUUAUUGAUGUGGUUGUUUCACUGGGAAAGAGGCCUUUCUGAAGGGUAUGUCCAUCAGCCGUUGUGGGCCCCCAAGGCUGAGUCUGUGAACGGGCAUUGGGCAUGCUAUGGGGAGCCUUUAAAAGCCCUGAGACAUAGCUUUGGCUCUGAGUAUACUGUGAAUCUGGAAAAUGCCGGAAAGUACGUUAUCAGUAUUUUGCUGCCAAGGAAACUUCCUCUCUGUUGCCAAAUAGCUGAUCCAAGUGAUAUUACAGAAAGCACCAACCGGCUGCUAGUGGUGUGGAUGAGGAGGUAGAGGGAGGAGUCCAUCUGUCUUUCCACAGAGGCCACCCUCAAACAUAGCAGAGGCCGGUGCAAAACGAUAGUUGCUCUCACAGUGUGGCUUUCAGCCAGAAGAUUUGGGGGGCACUUUACUGAAAUGAGCCUCUUGAGGAAAAGUGGUUCUCUAACCAAUGACCUUUUGACAUGAAUUGCUCCUUGUUCUUUAUCCUUUUCCAAGAAAUAUUAUAUACAGAAGCUCUUAAAUUUCAGUUUUGAUAAUCUUCAGAUUCUUCACUUUUUUGAUAAAUGAAUAUAUUCUGAAUGUGGUUUCUGUUUUAGAGGUGAGGUGCCUCGAAAUUACUUUUCGUAUUUUUCUGUGUGAAUGAGGGCUUAAUUUAUUUUGAAUAAAGAGUGAUCAUUUAAUAUCA